AUGGCGAGCGAGGUACGCUCUGGAGUUCUACAUGUUCAAAAAGUUAGUGGCCUCGUCAAAAAAUUCCAAAAGCGAUAUGUUGCAUUGUUUAAAAGAUCCCCACACGGUGUCUCUAGACUAGAAGUAUACGAUUCAAAAGACCAGUAUGAGAAACGGAACAAAGGCCCGAAGAAACAUAUUAUUAGUCUCGAGUCCUGCGCUACGAUCACACGUAAGCCAGUCUAUGAAGGAAAAAAAGUUGAUUUCUAUAUCACGCUGACAUUUGAUGACAGCAAAGAGCAACUUUUUCAAACCGAUUCUGAAGAUGAUAUGGAAUUAUGGUACGCUUCAAUGAGUAGCGUUAUCUUCGGGGGAGCCGGUCUCACAGAUAACGUUAUUUACCAACAGUAUGAAGAGGACGGAUAUGAUGUUGUCAUCAAACAAAACGAUGUUGUCAACAAAUUAAAACUAAGUGGGAUGUAUUCUCUUGUCGUCUCAGCGGAAGAUGUUGAAUUACGUGAUAAAGGAACGAAGCAAGUCAUUACCAGGUGGCCGCUACAAUUAUUACGAAAAUAUGGGCGCGACAAGCAAGAAUUUUCUCUCGAAGCAGGCCGGCGUUGUCCUACAGGACCGGGAAUGUUUUACUUCAUUACUGAUCAUUACAACGCGAUUUUUCAAGAUGUUGAUAAUAAAGUUCGUAAUCUUGCAGAAAGAGGCCGUGCUCACAGCACAUCAAGCACGAAAGCAGGUGUUUCCCCAACUUUUAAACCUCCUGAUAGCCCAUUGAUUCAAACCUCUGUUCCGCCAUCUCCGUUUAGAGACGGCGAAAGCGAAUACGAUAACCCACUAGACAUGAGAAAAAGCGCAGCAAGUAUUGAAGAGUCUAUCUACAACGAACCAGUAAACUCAAAACCCUCAAAGAAGGGACAGAAAGGCAAACCAGAAAAUCCUACUGCAAAAGGCAAAGGGGGGAAACUUGGACCUCAAAAACCAGACCGAUCGAAUCCCAAAAAGAAAGACAAAAAAGGUAUGAAAGGUCAAAGUUUACCGGCCCCACCCCCACCGCCCCAAGUAGAAGAAGCAAUGUAUGCAGAGGCUACAAAUCUUUCCGGUGACUCAGAUGCGCAAGCUUAUGGCCGUCUCGAUUUCGAAGGAACGGGAAUUGCGAAGCGUUUUUCAAACACAAGUAGCGACAACCAAUACGAUUCUCUCGAUUCAAAGUGGAAUGAAGAAGAUACUACUUAUGCUACAGCUGGAUCGAUUAAUCAACGGUUGUCAGGUCUUUCAACUGAGGAGGAAGGCCUCUAUGAUAAAGUACAAAGGAAAUGA